UCAUUUCGCGGAAGUCCCCCGUUCAUUGCGUCACACGAAAUGUGAAAACAAAAUAAUUAUUCAAAUAGUUGAGCGUGUAAAUUCAGUGACACGACGCAUUUGUUCUUCAAAUACUAAAUAUGUCUUCGUUUGUAAAUCACAGAAACGAGGCUUCGGUGAGCGUUGACCAGACGAGCUCAAAAGAAACUGUUACUUACUACAGAAUAACAGUUAAAGUUGGCCCUGUGCACUGGAACGUGUUGCAUCGCUACAAUGACUUUGUAGAGCUCCACGACAAGCUCGUCACAAACCAUGGAGUGGCCAAGGAGUUAUUGCCCCCAAAGAAGGUUAUACGGAAUAAAACACCAAAGUUUGUAGAACAAAGAAGGGAGGCGUUGGACGUGUACUUGAAGAAUGUUUUCAACUAUCUGAAGCUGUCCAUGCCUUACGAAUUCGCCCACUUUCUGGACAUGCAUUUGUAUGAUAUAUUUUUCCUACUGCAGGAUUUGGCGAAGACUUUGUUUUUAGAAGGAGACAAGUUGUUAGAGAAUGAGAAGUCCCAUAAAUUCACUCCAAUAGAGUUGCAUGCAAUAAGUGAGCGUUUAAAAAUGGCCUGCCCGCCAACGGAGAAACAGGACCAGAUGUACGACUUCAGCCACAUCCUGGACUACUGCUCACAGCUCCGGGCCCUGAACAUCGAAGGCAGCUACGAGAAGCUUGGCUCCAGCACCAUAGUCCCUAACGAGCUGCAGUUUGACUUGAUACCGUUCAAGUCUCUGCAGGAAUUAACAAUACUUGGAGUACCUAUGGGAUGUAUUCAGAGUGUUGGUUCCCUCCGGGACACUCUAAUCAGCCUGUCAGUGCUAGUAGCAAGCGUGGUGUCCAUGAAUGAGUUCCUGCUAGUGGACAUACUACACAAAGAUCCCUCCAGCAUUGCUGACACUGUGAAAUGGAAGAAGCUGUCAAUAGUGAACUUCGCAAGCAACAACAUAAAGGAUAUGGACUGGGCGAUCAAACUCGUCCCAAAACUGCAGCAUCUCAGUCUAUCCUCCAACAAGCUCUCCGAGCUGUGUGACGUGUCCUGCCUCCACGAGCUCAGGGUCCUCAACCUGUCCAUGAACAACUUCCAACUCUGCGAGAGCUGGCACUCCAAAAUAGGUAACGUAGUCAAAUUGGAUCUCUCACAAAACAAAGUGGAAUCUCUUCAAGGAUUCUCGAGAUUAUACUCUUUAGAAAGCUUGGACUUAAGCUGCAACUGCGUCACAGAUGUCGAAGAGGUUCAGCAUAUCUGUAAACUACCGGUUUUAGAAUAUCUAUGGCUCACCGCAAACCCUGUGGCUUCAACAGUAGAUUAUAGAGUUAAAGUUUUGGAGCAGUUUAAUGCGAGAAUGGAGGAGAUAUGUUUAGACAAUGAAAGGGCGUCGGGUAAAGAGCUGGAUACAGCCAGGGUACUGCAGGCCUUAAGGGUAGUGAAAGAGGGGAAGACUCCGAGCUUUCUGCAGAAUAAUAACACUACCCAUUGUUUUAAUAGAAGUUGACAGCUAGGUUUGUAAAUAGGAGAAUUUGAUGUGUAAAUUGGAAUUAUUUUUUAUAGAUAAGAGGUAGCUACUGACUUACAAGGAAGGGUACCCAACUGUCCGACUCCGAUUUGAUUUAUUUUGAUAUAUGUUAUAGAAUAGUCUAAAAUAACGGACACGUAUUUUUAUUUGGCUGCCCAAACUCAACCUGUUAGGAGAAAAUGCCCUUCAAAGUACUGAAAAUUGAUCAAACCUUCUAAUUUCUGAGAAGAGAUUUGAAAAAAAAAAGAUAAUUAAUUACUUACUGGUUUCGGUAUAUGUUGGAGAACAUGAAUAAAGAAUGGGGACGUGUUUUGUCAUUUCACCACAAACUCAUUUUUUAUAUAAAAAAAAAUAUAUAUUUAAGAAAUAAAUAUAAUUAAUAUAUUUUUAUUAAUAUAGGUUGAGUUAGGGCAGCUAAAAAAAAUACGUGUCCGUUAUUUUAGACUACUCUAUAACAUAUAUCAAAAUAAAUCAAAUCGGAGUCGGACAGUUGGGUACCCUUCCUUGUUAGCCGGUUAGUAAUUUUUUGGACAUUUAUUUUAUAAAUAAUAUUCUGCCUUUCAAAAUUGUUGUAAUGUCUAGAAAAGCCUGAAAAAAAUGUAUAAAUAUAAUUUGAUAAUAUUAUAAUGGCCUUAACAUCAGAAUUUUAAAGGCGUGUUUGUAACUGGACCAUGUUAUUCCUGUUUUAUUUUGUUCUUAUCUAAUAGUAUAUAAUUACGUCACAUUUACCCUGACGCUAAAUCGGUGUAAAAUUAUAAUCUCGUUAAUGUGUGUGAUAAUGAAUAAUUAAUCAUAAUAUUAUGCAUCAUAGUGCUUGAGCACUAAUGAUAUAUCUGAUGUAAUAGUGAGUAUGUUAGAUCAAUACGAUAAUAUUAUUGUGACCUUGUCAAAGAUUGCUUUAAAUCAUAGCGAAGGGAAUUGAUUGUAACUCAAUAUAUAUUCGAUCAUAGGCAAGCGAAUACUAAGACAUUUUAAAGAUUCAAAUUAAUUAGAUCUAUAAAGCAGAUGACGCUGGAGUCAUAGUAAUAAACGAUUUCAUUCAUUCAUUCAUAAACUAUAGCCCUUUAGUUUAUAAGACAGGGGUCAAAUUUUGCCUUAUUAGGUUGAUAAAAGUGGACCUAUUGUAUUCCGUAAAACUCUGAAAAUAUAAUAGGUAGUAACGCUAUGAAACUAGACUUAUAAAUAAUGUAACUAAUAGAGCCCUUGGACUGUCAUUUUGUAUGGGCUAGGUACCAUGGCAACACAACUAUACAAUUAUUCUAUUUGUUUCUUAACCUCCUAAAAGGCCCAAACAUUACAAAUGAAAAACUUGAACCUAAGUUGUCAGAAAUACAGUUGAUUUUGUUUAUAAUUAUUCUGUUUUGCUUAUAAUUGAAAGAAAGAAAACAAAUGUAGGUAACUUUGUUCCAAUUGUAUAUGAUUUAACUUUCGAACUGAAUAAGUACUAUAGCUGGGACCGUGAGCCUUAGGAGGUCAAAAUAAUGUUAACAACAACUUGACAUACCUACUUGGAUAUUCGGCCAAUGAGGUUUUCUAUCUAUAGGCCCGUCUACAUAUGUAUAAGCUCAAAGGUCCGAGUCGCGUGGUUCUACAGUUUACAUAUUUUUAAAAUAAGAACAGAUUAUAAUCUUGUUCGAGAUUUUUCUAAAUAAGCUUUAAAACACUUUCACAGUAGCAUACAAUUAAAAAUAUGUAAUGUACACACUUUUUUAUAAACCGAUUUGUACAGUAGUUCUUGCGUUUUGUGGUGCUAACAGAAAAGUAUUUUUUGUUGACAAAUCUCAUAAUGACAUACAAUUUUGGUGUUACACUUGACAUUUUUUGUACCUAUAACUAUAUUGACCGAUAAAAUAAGAACUGACAUUUUCAAUACCAAUUUUUAUUAUUAUAUUAUUAUUGGCUUCAUUGCAACAAUUUUGCCUACCAAAAGAGCUGUCAUUUAGUAAUUUUUUGCGAGAUGUUUUUUACUUUAUUUAACUGUAUGGUAUGUUGAUAUUUUUAGGAACCGAUUCACUGGAUAGGAGUUAGAUACAUCUAAUAAAAUAAAUAAGUGUUCCAUAAACCAAUUUUUGUACGGGGCACUAAAAAGUAGAUAUAUGGUGUUUAUACAAUGGAAAGUUUGUACAAACUGGCUUAGGGUGGUAUUCCAUCUGUCCAAUGUUCCAAUGUGUAUUGCGUCUCACAUUUUGUUUAAUGUAAUGAGAGAGUGACGCAAUGACAUCGGACAAAGAAAUUGGACAGGUGGAAUACCAUGCACCCUUAGGUACUCAUAAAAAGAAAGUUGCAAAGUAAAAAGAGACUUGUUGCAUGAGGGAAUAAAGUUUCUUUUUACGCGCACGAAUCUGAAAGAAUUACCAUUCUAAGUAGUAAUAAGCAAAUACGUAUUAAUUUAUAAGUAUUAUACUUGUGAUUAAACCGUGCAUUGUAUUGUAUAUAAAGGAAUGAUAUAUUUUAUUAAGAAUUGAUUAAUUUAUUAUUAAAGUUAUUUUAAUGUU